AUGGGCAAGAUGUGUGCAGCAGAAGGUUGGCGAUUCGCGAAACAAGUUGCCGAUGGGCGAUGGUUUUCGGUGUUCGCUUCGUUCGUGAUCAUGAUCGGCGCCGGCUCACCCUACCUAUUCGGAACAUACUCCAAAGUCAUAAAGACCCAAUUCGAUUACAGCCAAACCCAAGUUAACACCUUGGGAUUCUCCAAAGAUCUCGGCUCCAACCUCGGAGUCUUCGCCGGACUUCUCGCCGAGGUGGCUCCGCCGUGGGUUCUGUUCGUCGUCGGCUCCUCCCUCAACUUCUUCAGCUUCAUCAUGAUUUGGCUCUCCGUCACUCACCGGAUCGCCAAGCCCGAGUUCUGGCAGAUGUUCCUCUACGUCGGCUUGGCUGCCAACGCACAAAACUUCGCCAACACUGCGGUUAUGGUCAUCAGCGUUAAAAACUUCCCGGACCGACGAGGGAUUAUUAUUGGCCUUCUCAAGGGCUUCGUCGGCCUCGGAGGGGCCGUCUUGACUCAGAUCUAUCUAGCCAUUUAUGGCCACGAAGAUCCAUCUGAUGUGCUUCUUCUGCUCUCAUGGUUUCCGUCCGUUAUAUCCAUUGUUCUUUUGUUUUCAAUUAGAACAAUCAGAGCUCGCWAACAUCCGGAGGAGCUUAAAGUGUUUUACCACCUGCUGUACGCAUCCAUAAUUCUAGCCAUCUCUAUCCUUAUUAUUACCUUGACCCAAAAACACAUUGUUUUCUCCCAUGCUGCCUAUUUGGGAAGCGUCGCCGUGGUUGUGGCCUUACUGUGUCUGCCCCUUCUGAUYGCCAUUAAAGAAGAAUUCUUGCUUUUCAAGCUCAACAACCAAGCCGUGGAUCCAUCUGUCACCCUUUCCAUUCCAGAGGAGAAGCAAUCUCUACCGUACUCCAAUAUCUUACUAUCCACAGUACUUGAAAAAGAUUCCCCUUCUAAGCCAGAAAGAGGGGAAGAUUUCACCAUCUUGCAAGCUCUCCUCAGCAAAGACAUGGCUCUUGUUUUCUUGGCAACUGUUUCUGCAUGUGGGUCCUCCAUUGUCGCCAUCGACAAUCUUGGACAAAUCGCAGAAUCACUUGCCUAUCCUGCUCAAUCCAUAAGCGUCUUCGUUUCUUGGAUUUCCAUAUUCAAUUUCUUCGGUCGGGUCUUCUCUGGCUUCAUCUCCGAAACGCUAAUGACCAAAUACAAAUUACCUCGUCCUCUCAUGUUCGCCCUUGCCCAUCUCCUCACCUGCAUUGGCAUACUCUUCAUCGCCUUUCCAUAUCAUGGUUCGGUCUACGUGGCUUCAUUGAUCAUUGGGUCUGGAUUUGGAGCCCAAGUUCCUUUGUUAUUCGCUAUUAUCUCUGAUCUAUUUGGCCUCAAGCACUACUCAACGCUGCUCAAUUGUGGGCAACUGGCGGUGCCGCUUGGAUCUUAUAUACUAAAUGUACUUCUAGUAGGUAGGAUGUAUGAUAUGGAAGCCAAUCGAGCUGGUAAUACAAAGCACGGCAAGGGCCUAACUUGCAAUGGACCUCAUUGCUUUGGCGGCUCGUUCACAAUUUUGGCAGCAAUAACAUUGUUUGGAGCAAUGAGUUCACUUGCACUGGCUUGUAGGACUCGAAACUUUUACAAAGGCGACAUAUAUAAGAGAUAUAGAGAUGACAUGUGGAUUACCGAAUCCGACAUGGAAUUAUAUUCUUCAACCAACAAGAAGAAAAUUGAACAUAAGGAAACUACUUAUGAUGGAAGCAGUUGA